AUGAAUACUAUCCGUCUGAUAUCGUGCACCAUACGUUGCCAGUUUAAAACGCAACAUCAGAUCCGGCAGAUAUCAACACUUGCAAAGUCAUUUAAUUUUGGAUUUUCUCGUAAACUUCUUCACAAUAAUAAAGGAGUCAUAAAAGCUGUAACUAGGACAUGUUUUCAUCCUGGAGCAAGUACUUUGGUUCCCCUGCAGGCAAAGACUGAACUCAGUGGUUGGCAGCUUGUUAGUCGACUUCUCCGAUAUGUUUGGCCGAAAGGUAACAGAGCAAUCAAGGCAAGGGUUCUUGUUGCGCUCGCUCUACUAGUCGGUGCCAAGCUUGCAAACGUCUCUGUACCAUUUUUGUAUCGUGACAUCGUCAAUUGCUAUAAUGAGAAGGCACCUACUUUUUUACAACUCACAUUCGACGCUGUUCCUAACGCUAUCCUAACUGUUGGAGUAUGUAUAAUUAUUGCGUAUGGCUUGGCUCGAACCUCUGCCGCACUUAUGAACGAACUACGAAACGCAGUGUUCGCCAAAGUGGCCCAUCACUCAGUGCGGAGCAUCGCGAGGAAAAUAUUCCUUCAUUUACAUUCACUCGAUCUCUCAUUCCACCUUAAUCGUCAAACUGGAGCGCUUUCGAAAGCCAUAGAUCGCGGCACGAGAGGAAUGAGCUUCGUUCUUUCGUCUCUGGUGUUUAACAUUGUCCCUACUGCUGUGGAAAUUGGAAUGGUUUCUGCAAUUUUCUGUGGCACGCUAGGAUCGGAGUUCGCUUAUAUGACGAUGGGCAGCAUUGGAAUGUAUGCGGUUGCGACUCUAGGAAUAACUCGGUGGCGAACGAAAUUCCGUCAUGAAAUGAAUCAGGCAGACAAUGAUGCUGGUAAUAAAGCUGUUGACUCCUUGAUCAACUACGAAACAGUUAAGUACUUCAACAACGAGAAGUUCGAAGCCGAUCGCUACGAUUUCUUCCUGAAGAAAUUUGAACAAGCAUCCUUGAAAACAACGUCUUCACUUGCUUUGUUGAACUUCACACAGAACGCUAUAUUUUCCGCAGGGCUCAUUGGCGUCAUGUAUCUCGCAGCAAAUAAAAUAGCUCAUGGUGAGGCGACUGUUGGAGAUUUGGUUCUGGCAAACACCUUACUUUUUCAACUCUCAAUACCGUUAAAUUUCUUAGGUUCCGUUUACCGUGAGGUUCGUCAAGGUCUCGUUGACAUGAACGCCAUGUUUUCCCUCCUGAAUUUGAAGUCACAGAUAAAGGAGAAGCCCAAUGCAAAAGAACUCGUUGUCCAAGGAAAUGAUAUAAGCGUCCAGAUAAAAGAUAUCCAUUUCGGAUAUUUACCAGGAAAACCGAUUCUUAAUGGUCUCACAAUGGAAAUCCCCGCUGGCAAAAAGGUUGCCAUAGUUGGGGGAUCUGGUUCAGGGAAGUCGACACUUGUACGUUUACUAUAUCGGUUGUAUGACCCCGAUAGUGGCACCAUCAUUAUUAAUGGCCUAGAUAUUCAUGAUCUUACACUUGGGUCUCUCAGGAAAGUGAUUUCGGUGGUACCACAGGAUUCGGUAUUAUUCCACGAUACGAUUUUCUAUAAUCUGGCAUAUGGCAAUCCUAACGCAUCUAAAGAGGAUGUUUUCAAGGCUGCUAGGCUGGCUGACCUUCACUACUCAGUUGAGGCAAUGCCGAAGCGAGGGCUGAAGUUAUCUGGAGGAGAAAAACAGCGGGUUGCAAUCGCGAGGGCGAUUCUCAAGGAUGCUCCGCUUAUCGUUUACGAUGAGGCGACGUCGUCAUUGGAUGCCAUCACUGAAGCAAACAUUAUGCGGUCAUUAAAGGAGGCAGUUCAUAAAAGAACCUCUCUCUUCAUUGCUCAUCGACUGGCUACAAUAUAUGAUGCCGACAUAAUUUACGUCCUUGACCAAGGUCAAGUGAAAGAGUUUGGUUCUCAUGAUGAACUUAUGCGACGUGGAGGACUAUACGCCCAACUUUGGAACAGCCAACAUCAAAUGGGAACACUGGUGCCGCCAAAGGAGCCAAAGAAACACGAGCAUUUGGAAACAUUGAAGCUGGACCUGGAUGAUUGUUGUGGAAGUACGAACUGCACCCGCUAA